CAUGGGAACAGCCUCCCCCUGCUGCCAGAAGCUGGAGCGGAACCGCUGGAUCCUGGGAAUGCUGAGCCCUCCCCUGCUGGAUUCUGGGAAUGCUGAGCCCUCCCCUCCUGGAUCCUGGGAAUGCUGAGCCCUCCCCCUGCCCCCCGGGGGUGGAGUGUCUCCCCUCGGGAAGGGCAGAGCCCUGGGAUCCGUGGGAUCCAUGGGAUCCGUGGGAUCCAUCCAGGACAUGGAAUUGCUGCAGCCCUGCCCUCCCCCUCCCUCCCGGGGGGGUCCCAAAACCAGGGAGAGAAUUCCUGAGGAUUUGCCAGCCCAGCCCCCCCCACGAUGGAGAGGCCGCAGAGAUUCCCGGGAAUGUGGAAAUCCCUGGGAAAAAAAGGACAUUUGGGCGGAGCUGGGGAUGGGAAAAAGAGAAAAAACAGCCAAAAAAAAAAAGGAGGGAUGUGAAGGUGGUGGAGCUGCUGGAUUUCAUUCCCGGCAGGAAGGAGCCUUUCCCUGAAAUCCCGGAGCAGCCCGGCCGGGGGAGGGAACAGGCGGCAGCCGCGGGUCCUGCUUGUUCUAAUCCCGGUUUUUUGGGUGGUUUUGCCUUCCCUGGAAGGGGGGGAGGGGGUUGGGAGGAGCUUGGGAGUCACUUCCUUGUCCCUCUGAUCUGUCCUGCUCCUCCAAUUCCUCCUCCUCCCAUCCUUCCUCCUGCUCCUCUGAUCCCUCUUCCUCCGAUCCUUCCUCCUCCCAUCCCUCCUCCUCCUCCCAUCCUCCUGCUCCUCCCAUCCCUCCUCCUGCUCUCCCCGGUUUGGCCGCGGCUGAGGUUUGGAUGUCGAACUUUUUUGGGGGUCCCGGGGGUUGGUUUUGGCUCCCGGGGGGGCUUGCAGGGCUCGCCCCCCUCCCUCCUCCCCCCGGCCGGAUCCGGGGGAGCUCCGAAGCCUCGGGAAUGUCGUGGGACACCCCGGGAAUGUUCCCGGCCCGAGGGGGGGCUGGUUUUGUGCCCCCCGGGCGGGGCGAUGGUCAAUAAACGGCUCUUGGCUCUCGCGUUCGCCUGCAACGAUCCUUCCAUGGGGGGGGGGGGGGGCCGCUUUUGGGGGG